AUGAGCGACGUCGCGCAAAUACUUGGUCUCGCCGGACCGCAGUCGAGCGCUAAUGCAGCCGUAGCAAAUGAUCUAGAUCAGCUCAAACCAUCAGGUGCAUCUCCGAUGGUGCGCGGAAAGCUGGUUGAUGGAAAUGGUAAGCAGAAGAAGCUAACGGGCAUGCAGCGCGAGGUGCUGGAACUGCUAGAGAGCAGCCACCGUGCUAAUCAUGCGCUGUACCAGGGAUUUGGGAAAACAAGUCUCAAGCAAAAGUGGCAAGAGAAGAAAAACUCGCCGGCCGUUAAAUGGAUUCGAAAGUCAUUUCGGAAUCCGGCGCGCGCAGGAUUGGCAGGCGAGGGUGAGGACAAAGGGUUGACUCUCUCACACUGGGGAAAAGCUCACGUAGAGCAACCCGAUUAUGUAUUUGCCAGAUUUAAUGUUAAAAGUGAGACGACGAGCUACACAGAAAAGGAAUACGAGGCCGUGCUUGCGCAUCAUGAUGACCCAAAGAUGCAAUGGAGUAAGGAGGAGAUGGAUCUAUUAAUGAAUCUAUGCCAGCGUUAUGAUUUACGUUGGGUCGUUAUUUUGGAUAAGUACAAUGCAAAUCCGAUAAGUAAAGGUUCAGCACGAUGUGUGGAGGAUGUUAAAUACUGCUACUACGAGACGACGCGAUUGCUUGCUGCAUACAGAGCGGAUAAUGAGAAAAACAAACAAAAUGCUGCUGCGGCAGGAGAUUGUACUAACACAAAUUCAAUGAACACUCCCGCUGUCACCGAGGCAGAAGUUGGCGUGGGUGCAUCAACCUCGUCUGUGUCCGCCCUUGCUGUGUCGGAGGGCUAUAAAUUCAACAUUGACUAUGAAAAGCAACGCAAGAAACAGCUGGAUCUUAUCUUUUCUCGAACCUCUGAAGAAGAAAACGAACUCCAACGACUCAAUGAUGAACUUCGUAGUGUGGAGCAGCAGCUCAAGAAAGUGUCAGUUCGAGUAGAUCCUAAGAAAAAGAAGGAACUGGCUGAUGUUCCAUAUGAGAUAAAGCGCACGCUUCCCACAGGGGUCAUCUUGAGGAGUUCGCUGCUAGCACUACCACAGCAAAAGCAUGCGAUGAGUGCAAAGCUUAUAAAAAAGCUACAGCUUCUGUUAGACGAGAUGGGGGUGCCUGUUCGGCCUAUGCCGACCCAAACAGUGUGUGAAACAUUCGACAAGUUACGUCAAGACGCUGUGGGGCUGCUUUCGCUGCGAAAACAUUUGAAAAGUAAACAAACUGAGGUUCGAACGCUGAGCGAACGCUAUCGCGCGCUUACUGGCAAGGAGUACAAGCCGAUCACGACUCCCAUCACAAUAUCCGAUCAUCCAGGUAAUGCUGCUAUAAGUGACGGCAGUAAUUCAGCAACAAUUACGGCUAUCUCACACACAGGCAAGUCGUCCAAGCACUCGGAAAAGGUGAUUCGUGCAGCCAAACGACGCAGCUCAAGUGGCCAUCCUGGUCUUCCUGCUAAGCGCAACAAGAAAGGACUACAUUAA